AUGGCGGAAUCAUCUCAUCACUCCGCUUUGAAAACCGUCACCGAUCCUCUUGAUGAUUCCAACUUCGCCACUUGGAGAUUCAAAAUACUCGCCGCUCUUGGCUAUCAAAUGCUAGACGAUUAUGUUCUUGAGGACGACCACAAAGAACUCAAGAAGGACCCUAAGUACAAGGAGAAGAAGAAACUAGCGACUACCUUCAUUCGAAUGCACCUGAAUGAAGAGAAUGCCAAUCGUUUCGUAGGACAUAACUAUAAGACCUACGAACCCAAAGAGCUUUGGGACGCCGUUCACAACCAUUUCGCGGACCAAUCCAUUGAAAACACCGCCAAUGUUUGGGACAAAUUGUACGACAUUCGGUUUGGAGAAGACAACAUGAAGGAGGCUGUCAACACUUUCCAGCACCACGUUUCAGUUACUCAUUGA